GACGUCAUAAAAUCUAGCUUCUCAAGAACUAAUCCCCAUUGUAGUCAGUACUCGUGUUAAGUUGGUAGACUGUUGCAGUCGUUUCGUUCUUUACCAUGUACUUUCUAGGGGAUGUUCAUUUGCCAUACGUUCCUUUCUUCUACUAUCUGGGAGUGGGAAUUACUGCGUAUUUUUUCUUGCAGGCUGUUUUUAAGCUCUUUGUUGGCCUGAGGGUUUGGGUUGUGGGGAAUGGAACAUUUGUCAGUCCGUGUUACGGCAAGUGGGCAGUUGUUACAGGAGCAACUGAUGGAAUUGGAAAGGCUUAUGCAGAGGAGCUGGCACAUCGUGGGUUGAACAUUGUACUGAUCAGUAGAUCCCAGGACAAGCUAGAUCAGGUUGCUAAUGAAAUCAUGAACAAUGUCGGUGUGUCUUACUCUUACCCUGAGUAUUUCCUUGAGGUUCCAGACCUUGAAAAGAUGAUUGACAACAUGAUCAGCAUAAACAUCACAUCUGUUUGCAAGAUGACACGACUGGUGCUGCCUGCUAUGCUGGAAAGGUCCAAAGGAAUUAUCAUAAACAUAUCCUCAGGUAGUGGAAUGUACCCUGUUCCAUUGCUAACCAUCUACUCCGCAACUAAGGCAUUUGUGGAUUUCUUUUCCCGAAGUCUGCAUGCCGAGUACAAGAGCAAAGGCAUUAUUAUUCAGAGUGUCCUGCCUUUUUUUGUGGCUACCAAGAUGUCCAAAAUUCGUAAACCAACAUUUGACAAGCCUAGCCCUGAACAUUAUGUCCGCUCAGCUCUCAAUACAGUGGGUCUCCAGACUCAGACCAAUGGCUAUCUGUUUCAUGCCUUCCUGGCCUGGAUCACUGCAGAAGUGCUUCCAUUGUCUGUCAGCACCAAGAUGGUAUUUAAUAUCAACAAAGGUCUGCGAGCACGUUUCCUAAAGAAACAGAAGGAAAAAUAAUAAGCAGCAGAAGCUUCCACCCCUCCAUGGGCUUUGUCAAUUCAGUUUACUCUCCUGCCUGCUUCAAGUCUUUCAUAAGCAAGUGACAACAUGUUCAAAUGCACGGACUGGACUUCUGGAAAAGUUGUUUAUAUUAUUUAGUGUUAAGGCAGUUGAAAAACGAUUAGCACUUUUUCAUGAAAUGCAUACAUUUAGGUGACUGUUUAUUUUUUUUGUGUCUGAAUUAAGUCAUUCCCAGAGCAUUAAAUGCUCCUUUUCAGCUAUAUUGUCAUUCUUGUGCUUCAUUCGAAGCAGUUUGAUGUUAACAGCCGUAGGAUGUAUUGUUUCUUCUUUACAGUAUUUUUCCAUCACAUGUAUAGAGCAUAGCUCAUAAGUAUAAUCUUUUCAGUUGUAUUUAUAGUAAGAACUCCACUAGGUUUCAUUUGCACAUAUGUCAGCACACCGUCUUCGCAUACUAAACUGCAUGCAGUCCCAUUCCCUUCUCCGUACUUCACUGUUCUUGAGCUUUCCUUUCACAGCAUCAUCAAAUGAUUGUUAAUAAAAUGUAUUUAUUGUUUUGCUUGCAGCAUCACCAAAUUUUUCUGGUCUCCAUUAUAAAGUUCACUGUGGAGUGACCUAGUUCUGUGUUCUUCGCAUUACAGGUAUCUAAAUGCUUAUUAAAAGCAGGUCGGAACAGAGCACUGGGUUAUCACCACUCUGGAGCCUUUAAUUAGCUGGUAAUGUUUUGCAGUGUGGCAAUCCUGGAUUCAGGCCUUAUGCUCCCAAGAAAAAUUACCACUUGUACUGUCAGUCCCCAGGUGACCUUGCCCUGUGACUCAUUUUGUCUGCAUGUCAUAAAGCCCAAAAGUAUUUUACAAUUGGCCGUCCAUCUCCAAGUAAAGAUUCUAACUAAAACUAUGGGCAAAUUUGGUAAAAGAAUUUACCUUUGUAUUGGAGUUUUAUCCAUUAUUUUAUCCCAUAUGCCCAACUGAUUUAUCAGGUCUUAGAGAAAUUGUGCCCUCUGUGACAUGGGUGAGAGGAUUACCACUAAGAAAAUGCUUAUAAUGGAAUCAAAAGUAGCUUCCUUAUAUCCGUAUCCACAUUUGGUACAUUGGAUGCUCUGACUGAUACUUCGUCUGCUAAUGCAUGUGUACUUGAGCUAUUGGGCUCAGGAUGUCUGCCUUUUUGUGCAGUGACUUCAGCUGUCUGUGAUACUUGUUUUAGAAAUGAAAUCCUCUUCGUUGAGCAUUCUUAGGAUGUCAUAGAUGUCUGAAAAAUGGGUAAUGAUUUUUUUGCUGUAGAAAGUAUGUAUACUUCUCCAUCUUCUUUGCCUGGAGAUCUUCCAUAUCUUCCACAACUAAUAAAAAUAUGAAAGUAUAGACUUUUGAGUUAAGCUAAAACACCAAGCAAUAGCAGUAAGAAAUAGUUGUACAGUAAACUCUGUUAGCCAGCACCCAUGGAGAUUGGUAGAUGCCAGAUAACUGUAGUUUCUGGUUGCUUGAGAGUUACUAUUAAAAAUAGGCCUGACUAAUACUGUACUCAAUACUAUUUGUU